AUUCCUCCUCAACCCCUCCCCAUUUUUCUUCACUCAUCUGCCUCGCAUUCUCCUUUUUCCUCUUAAACUCACCACUCUUGUUCAAGAACCAAAAAAGGUCAAAAUGGGUCUUGCUGGGCUUUUCUUGCUGGGCCUUUUGACAAUGGCGUCCUCUGCCUAUGGCUACGGUGGGGGUUGGAACAAUGCUCACGCCACUUUCUACGGAGGCAGUGAUGCCUCCGGCACAAUGGGCGGGGCUUGUGGAUAUGGGAACUUGUACAGCCAAGGGUAUGGCACAAACACGGCGGCUCUAAGCACGGCUCUGUUCAACAAUGGGCUGAGCUGUGGGUCAUGCUAUGAGAUCAAGUGCGCGAGUGACCCAAAAUGGUGCUUGCCUGGCUCCAUUCUGGUGACGGCCACCAAUUUCUGCCCACCAAACAAUGCCUUGCCCAACAAUGCCGGCGGUUGGUGCAACCCUCCUCAGCACCACUUUGACCUCUCUCAGCCUGUUUUCCAGCACAUUGCCCAGUACAGAGCUGGAAUUGUCCCUGUUGCUUACAGAAGGGUACCCUGCAGAAGAAGGGGAGGCGUCCGAUUCACCAUCAACGGCCACUCCUACUUCAACCUUGUCCUAAUCACAAACGUUGGCGGUGCCGGCGAUGUCCAUGCCGCUUCGAUCAAAGGGUCCAGAACCGGCUGGCAAGCCAUGUCCAGAAACUGGGGCCAGAACUGGCAAAGCAACUCCUAUCUCAAUGGCCAGAGCCUCUCUUUCAAGGUCACCACCAGUGAUGGCCGCACCAUUAUGUCCUACAAUGUUGCCCCAGCCCGCUGGUCCUUCGGACAGACCUUCACCGGCCGCCAAUUCUAGACCAAUGAGUAAAAAAUGCUUGGAAACACUAUGGACCGUGGUGGUGUCUUUUUUCCUAUAUAUGUUUUAGCCAUAUAGGAGUACCUUAUGAUAUAAUAGUAUGACUUGGUAGUAGUAGUAGUAGUAUACUAGGGUAUUAGAUAGUAUACUAUGUCUUUUUUUUUGGGCUAUGGAGUUUGGGCCUUUUGGGCAUUUUUGGGCCAAAAAUUUAGAAGGGCUUAUUUUAAAUAUGGCCUUUCAUCAUUUUGGCUUCAUAUGUGUAUUGGUGUAGGGUAACCCUAUUUCUAUGGGACCAUACCCUACUCAUUCUUGGGUCUUUUUUGUUAUUGUUAUUAAUGGGAAGAGCAGUAGUGGCAGAGGUGGGCUCUCACCACCCGCCAGUCACUGUUUGAAUAGCAGGCUACUUUGUUUACUACUUUUUGGGAUUGUUGAAAAAAGUGUUGAAAAAAAGCAUUUUUGGGCAUUGCUUUUAAGGUUGUUGUAAUCAGCUUUAUGUGCUGAAUUCGCCCUUUAUUGUUACGGUUGAACUCUAUCGAAGGAGACUUUAAAGUGUAUAUUUCCAAUUUCAAGUGAUAUUAUUAA